UAGAUGACAAAAAGCGUUGACUACUUCAUCUAAAACCCUAACAGUUGCUAAAUAAAAUUGUCAAACCGUAUGGAUGGAUGGAUGGAUUGAUUAUUCCAUAAAAUAAUAAAAUAAUCUUAUUUCUUUUCACCAUAUAUUCUGUAAACAAUUGACAAUUCCAAACAAAUAAAAUAAUAAUGUCAUCAGAGAUCGAGGUGGUGAACGAGAUCCAAGAAGAAUCUAGAGAUGAUGACCGUGAUAACGGUAACGGAGAAGAUACAGACAGUAUGAGAGAUGACGUGUACAGUGCAGCUGCAUAUGGUGAUUUGGAAAAGCUACAGAGAUUGGUGGAAUCACAAGGUUGCUCUGUUUCGGAGCCCGAUAAUUUAGGUUAUUAUGCUUUGCAAUGGGCUGCUCUUAAUAAUCGUGCUGCUGCCGCUCAAUAUAUCAUUCAGCAUGGUGGGGAUAUUAAUGCAACAGAUCUUACUGGGCAAACAGCAUUGCAUUGGAGUGCUGUCCGAGGAGCUGUUCAGGUGGCAGAUCUUUUGCUCCAAGAAGGAGCCCAGAUCCACGCUGCUGAUGUCUAUGGAUAUCAGACAACUCACGUUGCUGCACAAUAUGGUCAGACAGCCUUGCUUUAUCACAUUGUUACAAAAUGGAAUGCAGAUCCAGAUGUACCGGAUAAUGAUGGAAGAAGUCCUUUGCAUUGGGCUGCGUAUAAAGGAUUUGCAGACUGUAUACGGCUACUUUUGUAUUUGGAUGCAUAUAGAGGACGCCAGGACAAAGAAGGUUGUACACCUCUACAUUGGGCUGCUAUCCGGGGCAACUUAGAAGCAUGCACAGUACUCGUGCAAGCUGGGAAGAAAGAGGAUUUGAUUGCAACUGAUAACACCGGUCUCACACCAGCACAACUCGCUUCUGAUAAGAAUCAUCGACAAGUUGCUUUUUUCCUUGGUAAUGCCAGGAGGGUCUUGGACAAACGCUGGGAUGGAACAAGUAUACUAGGGCGGUUUUCAAAACUAGGGCUGGCACCUGCACUUUUGUGUGUAAUAUUUGUGCUACUUAUGACCUAUAUUAAUUCAGUCGUUAUGGCUUCAAAUUUGCCAAAGAUGACAGCUGGCUCUGCAUUUUUUGCAUGGAUUGGUGCAUUCUUGGCAAGCUCAGGAUUGGUACUGUUCUACAGGUGUAGUUGCAAAGAUCCAGGUUAUGUUAAAACCAACAGGCAUGAUUCGCAAAAUAUGAAAGAUGAUGAGCCUUUAUUGAAGAUUGAGAUAAAUGAUCCUGCUUUAGUAGCUGGUAACUGGUCACAACUUUGUGCAACUUGUAAGAUUGUUCGACCUAUUCGCUCGAAGCAUUGUUCCACCUGUGACCGAUGUGUUGAACAGUUUGACCAUCAUUGUCCAUGGGUGUCUAAUUGCAUUGGCAAGAGGAAUAAAAGGGAUUUCUUGGGCUUCCUUGUGCUUGAAGUUUUUGCAAUGUUGAUAACUGGCAUAGUGGCUCUCACAAGAAUUUUGAACGAUCCAUCAGCUCCAUCGUCUUUUGGGGCAUGGUUGAAUCAUGCCGGUAACCAGCACAUUGGUGCCCUGUUGUUUUUAAUUUCAGAUGGUUUUCUCUUUAUGGGUGUAGCAGCCUUAACUUCUAUGCAAGUUUCUCAGGUUGGUCGUAAUAUCACCACAAAUGAAAUGGCAAAUGCAAUGCGAUAUAGCUACUUACGAGGGCCAGGAGGCCGUUUCAGAAACCCAUAUGACCACGGAUGCAAGAAAAACUGUUCAGAUCUGUUUAUAAACGGAUACAACGAAGACAUAGAGUUGAUUGAAGAAGUAGCUCAAUCAGAAGAGAUAAAUAUGAUGCCUUUAACCAGGAGUUUGAACCAGCACAAUGGUAAUGUUGGUCAUCCUCAUCAACCCAAUGGAAACAAUCUUGCUAUCGAUGUGAAUAAUAACUCAAAAGCACAUGUUCAUUCUUCAAGUUGUAGCCAUGGGAAUCAAGGUAAAAAUGUAACUGAUUCUGCACCAUUAGGGCUAGGGCUAGGUUUGGGCCGAAAUAUGCGGUCUAUGGCCUCAUGAUUAUAGAUGAUCCUGGCACGAAUAUCGUUUGAAGACAUUAUUUGUUGUAUCAUUCUUUUUCAAGUUUAUAGUAUUUUCUCCAAGUUUUGUAGUUUCAUAUGGUCGGGCUGAUUGUUGGAUUUUUUAUUUAUACGUGUAAUCUGUACAGAGACAGGACUGCAUAUUUUUUUUUGUUAUCAAAACACCAUCUCAGUUGAUCUUUUACAGUGAAA